AUGCGCCUUAUAGUGUUAUUCGCAUUAGCCUUUGUGGCCGUCGCUCUGGCAAUUCCACAACAAGAACAAAACCCCGUCUACAUCCUGAAGCAAGCGGCUGAUGUCAAUCCCGAGGGCUACCAAUUCGAGUUUGAAACAAGCGAUGGCACAUCCCGUCAGGAGCAAGGCACAUUAAAACAAGUGAGCGAGGAUCACAAGGCGAUCGAAGUGUCCGGUAGCUACAAGUACGUCGCGCCCGACGGUAUUACAUACUCUGUCACAUACACAGCUAACGAGCACGGCUUCCAACCACAGGAGCACAUCGAGCAUCAGAAUAACCAACAACAAUACCAACAGUAA